GUGAGAUUACGGCGUACCGCGCCGCAGCUGACAACGACAAUAGAAUGUGCUGGCCGUCACAAUUUAGUAGCUUCGUAACUCUUACAACCCUCUCUGUCACCAUGGAAUGACAAAAGACUGUGCCAAAGAUGGAGAAAACUGCAGCCGAGAUCAUCCUGGCUGAACGCCGCAAUGAAAAGCGCCAAUCCGCACCAGAAAUCCGCGACUACAGACUCGUCUCCUGGGUCCGUCUGAUCUUGCGCGUCUUGUCCAUGUCGCCGUGCGCCCUGAUCUUAGUGAGCCUCAUUUACGCUAUUCGCAAUUAUCGAAGGACAAAACAUGUCAGGGCCACAUUUCAGGAUGGUAGCGGAAGUUUUCCAGUCUGGUCAAAGAAAGAGGGCUUGAAAAUGUAUCCGACUUACAUCCUUCUGGGAGCUGCGGCUGUCGCUGGAGUGUUAAAUAUCGUGUUGGUCCUCGCGGCCUUGACCAAAGCUGUGCGAAGGACGACAAAGGUCAGCAACAUUAGCACAAUGGUCAUGUCUUCUAUAUGCCUUGCGUUGUGGAUAGCCGUGACAUCAUACUACGGUACCUGGGACUCUUCAGAGACUAGUUGGGAUUUGCUCUCCUGGACAUGUGCGAAUCGAGACUAUGGGCACAAGGACGUUGACUUCGGUGAGACUUGCACAGAAGUGCGAUUCGCCUUUUGGGCUGGUGUGGGUCUUGCGGGCCUGGAGGCCGUCAACUUCGCCAUCUUUGUGAUCUGGUGGCUCAAGACGCGCAGGACACGAGGGUACUCGAAGGUAUAGAUAUGAUGGGUAGGGGCUGUGAAAGAGGAAGGGAACUGUUUUCGGGGCGGACCGAACUUCAAGUAGCGUGGUCAUUACGUCAUGCUUCACCGAGGUGUCCGCGGGUCCGCUCAUCAACAAAAUCGUUGUGAGAACACCAUUCUAGAGCUAUGAUUGAGCUCAACGGUUGCGCCCGUAGUCCCUCGUU